AGCAAAAUUGAAGAUGUUCAUUCUGAAUGUGACCCCAAUUGGGACAAGGUCAACCUUUUACUCGGCAAGCCAUUGUUGGAGCAACAAUAAUUAGGUUGCUUUUGUGUCAAUGGAUCUUAAUUCGAUGAAGUCAGUGAUCCGUAAUUCAAUAAUAUGUGCUGACAAAAACAUUGUUAAUGAAUUCAAGAGCCAAAUGAAUGAUCUGAUUUCAAACCGAAAUUUUGGGAUGAGGGAAGCUGAAGAAGCUAGAAUGAAAGGUGGGACACUAAAUAGUAAUGCUCUGUCUUGGUUACAAGCGGUGGAGAAACUCAUCGAAGAGGGAAAAGAGAUGCAAAGCAAAAGGAGGGGAUGUUUUGUUGGGAAGAAUUUAUAUCGGCGAUACGAAGAAAUGGUAAAGAGAAUGGGAGACCUGAAUAACACGACAAUUUCCUUCAUAUUCACCCCAAUUCCGGAGAUGCAGUACUUCUCUACUACAAAUUUGAAGUAUUAUGAGUCUACAAAAGUGGCCUCACAUCAACUUGUGAGGGCACUACGAAAUGGUAGUAACUAUAUAAUUGGAUUGUAUGGAAAGCGAGGAUCGGGUAAAACAAAGUUAGUGAAAGCAGAAGGUGAAAAAGCAACCUACUUAAAACUUGUUGAUGAAGUUGCUUUUGCCACUGUGUCCCAAAAUCCAAGCAUAAGAAGGAUCCAAGACGAAAUUGCUGACUGCAUUAGUCUGAAAUUGGAGGAAAAUAGUGAUGCAGGAAGAGCAAGAACAAUAUGUAAGAGACUUCAAAGUGGGGAAAAAAUUCUUGUGAUCUUGGAUGAUGUUAGAGAAAAGCUUGAGCUAGAGGAUAUAGGUAUUCCUCACGUUGGUAAUCGAGGCAAAUGCAAGAUCCUUUUGACCUCACGAAAGCAACAAGUAUUAAUCUUGAUGGAGUGUCAAAGGGAGAUUCCUUUGGAUCCAUUGUCUCAAGAAGAAGCUUGGGAGUUGUUCAAGAAACAUUCUGGCAUAGAUGAAGAAAAUGAAGAUGAAACCUCAUCCGAAUCUAAUCUACUAAAAUUGGCACGUGAAGUUGCUGCUGAAUGUGAAGGGUUGCCUGGUAAAAUUAAAGAAGUUGGAUCUUCCUUGAAAAGAAAACCCAUUGAGGAGUGGGAAGCAUCUUUAGACAGUAUGAGAUAUUCAAGUGCACAAUACCAGAUUUUUUUGAGUUUUAGAGGAGAAGAUACUCGGUAUUCUUUUGCAGGUUUUCUCUAUCAUACUUUGUGUCGAGAGGGAUUCAAGACCUUCAUGGAUGAAGGGGGUUUGGAGAGUGGAGACCAUAUUUCAGAAUCUCUUAUUAAAGCAAUUGAAACAUCAAGGCUUUCCAUUAUUGUUUUGUCUGAAAACUAUGCAGAAUCUUCUUGGUGUCUUGAUGAACUUGUUGCUAUUCUCGAGUGUAAGAAGACCAAGAAUCAACUUGUUUGGCCAAUUUUUUACAAAGUGGAACCAUCAGAUGUGAGGUUUCAGAAAAAUAGUUAUGGCAAAGCCAUGGAUGCACAUGCAAUUACGUAUGAAAACAACUCUGAGAGGGUGCAGAAAUGGAAGUCAGCUUUGUUUGAAGUUGCUGGCUUCUCUGGAUAUCAUUACAAAACGGGGUACGAACAUGAAUUUAUCCAAAAGAUUGUGGAUAAGGCCAAUGAUAUUAAAAAUCGUUUGUGUUACCAGGUUUUUCUGAGUUUUAGAGGAGAAGAUACUCGUUAUUCUUUUACAGGUUUUCUCCAUCAUGGUUUGUGUCGGGAGGGAUUCAAGAUCUUCAUGGAUGAUGGAGGACUUGAGCGUGGAGACCAGAUUUCAGAAUCUCUUAUAAGAGCAAUUGAAGCAUCAAGGCUUGCCAUUAUUGUUUUAUCUGAAAACUAUGCAUUCUCUUCCUGGUGUCUUGACGAACUUGUCACUAUUCUUGAGUGUAAGAAGACCAAGAAUCAAUUAGUUUGGCCAAUUUUUUACAAAGUGGAUCCAUCAGACGUAAGGUAUCAGAAAAAUAGUUACGGUAAAGCCAUGAAUGCACAUGCAAAGAAGUUUGGUGAUGACUCUGAGAGGGUGCAGAAAUGGAGGUUAGCUUUGUCUGAAGUAGCUGGCCUGUCAGGAGAUCAUUACACAACUGGGUACGAACAUGAAUUUAUCCAAAUGAUCGUGGAUAAGGGUUUUUUUUUUUAUACCCAUGGCUUUUCUUGGGACCCGGAUCCGAAGCACCACCUGGUUCAACACAAACACAAGCUCCUUCACCGUGGAGCCCUGAAGAUUUCCAUGUCGGUAAUGCAGGGGAAAUUUAAGAGACCCAUUUGCCCAUCUUGUUCCAAACCCACUCGAACGUGUCUAUGCUCCCGAAUUCUAACAUCGGGUAUCCAAAAUUCUGUGAACGUAACCAUUUUACAGCACGCGCUAGAGCACAAGCACCCGCUUAAUUCUACUAGAAUCGCUACACUCGGCCUUAAGAAUGUCAAUGUUGCAACCGUUUCUGACGUUAAUUUUGAUGCCCGGUUCCUGAUUCGGUUGUUGGAUCCGAAUUCCCAAUACCUGCAAAAUGGCUUGUUAUCUCAUCAGUCUUGGGAAAUUGAAGAGACCCAGAAGUUGUUUUCUGAGAAAGGUUCUAACUUGAUUGAUUGUGCUGGAAAAUGUGGUUUGGAAAAUGAUAUUGGAGAUGUUCUGAAUGAGAUUCAUGCUGAAGUUGUGAAUCACGUGAGUAACAAUGAUGGUGCUGUGGUGAAUGAUGAAGUUGAGAAAAUUCCAAUUCGUCCCAGUUGUAAUCUAACAAGAGGUGUCCAUGAAGAGAGUGGAGAGCCUGCUAUUACUGUUUCCAUUGGCAAAUAUGGUGCCAUUAGCUCUCUGUCUCAUAUUUGGAUGCCACAAUGUCAAUCCCCCAAGUUAAGCUUUGACAAGAUUUUGGCUUAUCCUGAAGCUUGUGAAGCACUAUCAAAAGGGUUUUUGGUGAAGAAGCUCCAAAGGAAGCAAUUGAAUGAGGACAAAGACUUGGAAGAAUAUGAAGAAUUCGAGCUUGAGGUUCGUCCUGGAUCAGUACUACUAUUUCCCUCUGAUAAGGCUAUUAAAAUUAGUGAACUAGAUGCUAUUGGUUUUGAGGUGAAGAAUUUGAUAGUUUUGGAUGGGACAUGGGCUAAGGCAAAAAGAAUUUAUAGUGAAAAUCCUUGGUUGAACAUUUUGCCGCAUGUGAAGUUGGAAGUGAAUGAGAAGAGCUUAUAUAGUGAAGUGAGGCAUCAGCCUAAGGCUGGUUAUUUGUCCACAAUUGAGAGCAUUGUGUUUGCCUUGAAGGCAGUUGGGGAGAAUCAUGAGGGUUUGGAUGGCCUCUUGGAUACUUUUGAGUCCAUGGUUGGAGAUCAGAGACGAUGUAAAGAGGAGAGACUGAACAAACUCUUUUCCAGUUGAGGUCCUUCUUUUGAUUGACCUAUAUGUUUACACUCGAUAAAUGGAAGACAUUAUGCACACUGCUAAAGUCUCUUCUCGGGAAACUAGGGAAGAUCCUGUUUUGCAAGAGCUUUUGGACAAUAUCUUGGCUGCUCAUGCUUCCUGGUCUCAACAUCAGGCCAAAAGACAUUGCAAGCAUCAAGUUGAAGCUUUGAUGGUUACAGAAACCUCAGAAGAAAGAGACAGUGCCAAAGCUAUCCAACCACUUAAUGAUGAUGUAACUUGAAGUUAAUUGUUAACAAAGCACAGGGAGAAACAACAUCUA